CGCUGCCAUCCCCGCCGUCGAGUCGUCCGCAAAAAUCGCUACCUCGCCGUCCCCUCCAUCAUCACAAUUGUCAUGGGUGAAGAGACCGCCAAGGCCCCGGUGGUGGCCGAGGCCCAUGAGGUCGACACCUUCCAUCCCCCACAGAAGAUGCUCGCGAAGCACCCGAGCAAGCCACACUUGAGCGGUCUCGAGGAAUACCAGCAGCUGUACAAGGAGUCCAUCACAGAGCCCACCAAAUUCUGGGGUAGGCUGGCCCGUGAGCUGCUGACCUGGCACAAGGACUUCCAGACAGUCCAGAGCGGUUGUCUGGCCACCGGUGACGUCGCCUGGUUCCUCGAGGGCGAGAUCAAUGCCUCGUACAACUGCGUCGAUCGCCAUGCCUUCAAAGACCCCAACCGCGUCGCCAUCAUCUAUGAGGCCGACGAGCCCACCGAUGGCCGGACCGUCACCUAUGGCGAGCUGCUGCGCGAGGUUUCCAAACUUGCCUACGUCCUCAGGGACAUGGGCGUGCGCAAGGGCGACACGGUUGCCAUCUACUUGCCUAUGAUUCCCGAGGCUCUCGUCGCCUUUCUGGCCUGCGCGAGGAUUGGUGCCGUUCACUCGGUCGUCUUCGCCGGCUUCUCGGCAGAUUCGCUGCGCGACCGCGUUAUCGACGCUCGGUCCAAGGUUGUCAUCACCUCGGACGAGGGCAAGCGAGGUGGAAAGUUGAUUGGCACGAAGAAGAUUGUGGACGACGCUCUCAGGCAGUGUCCCGACGUUAAGAACGUGCUCGUCUUCAAGCGCACGGGCGCCGAUAUCCCCAUGACACCAGGCCGCGAUGUUUGGUGGCAUGAGGAGGUCGAGAAGUGGCCGGCGUACAUCGCUCCCGAGCGCAUGAAUUCCGAGGACCCGCUGUUCCUCCUGUACACCUCCGGAUCGACUGGCAAGCCCAAGGGAAUGAUGCACACCACCGGCGGUUAUCUCCUCGGCGCCGCCGCCACGGGCAAGUACGUCUUCGACAUCCACGAGGGAGACCGGUACUUCUGCGGUGGAGACGUCGGCUGGAUUACCGGCCAUACCUACGUCGUGUACGCGCCACUGCUUCUCGGUAUCUCGACGGUCGUGUUUGAGGGCACCCCGGCCUAUCCCAACUUCUCCCGCUACUGGGACAUCAUCGAGAAACACAAAGUCACGCAGUUCUAUGUCGCGCCGACCGCCCUGCGGUUGCUCAAGCGUGCUGGUGAUCACCACGUGCGCAAUGAGAUGAAACACCUCAGAGUGCUCGGGUCUGUUGGAGAGCCCAUCGCCGCCGAGGUCUGGAAGUGGUACUUUGAGGUUGUUGGCAAGGAGGAGGCGCAGAUUGUCGACACAUACUGGCAAACUGAGACGGGCUCCAAUGUCAUCACGCCUCUGGCCGGCGUGACGCCAACUAAGCCCGGCUCCGCCUCUCUUCCCUUCUUUGGCAUCGAGCCCGCCAUCAUCGACCCCGUCUCUGGCGACGAGAUCCCAGGCAACGAUGUCGAAGGUGUCCUCGCCUUCAAGCAGCCGUGGCCAAGCAUGGCCCGGACCGUCUGGGGCGCCCACAAGCGGUACAUGGACACUUACCUCAAUGUCUACCCCGGCUACUAUUUCACCGGUGACGGUGCAGGCCGGGACCACGAGGGCUUCUACUGGAUCCGUGGCCGUGUCGACGAUGUCGUAAACGUUAGUGGCCACCGUCUCUCGACGGCCGAAAUCGAAGCCGCCCUGAUUGAGCAUGCCGCCAUUGCCGAGGCCGCGGUCGUGGGCGUGGCCGACGAGCUCACGGGCCAGGCCGUCAAUGCAUUUGUUGCCAUCAAGGAUGGCAAUGAAGCCUCGGACGCGCUCCGGAAGGAGUUCAUCCUGCAAGUCCGCAAGAGCAUUGGGCCGUUUGCCGCCCCCAAGGCCGUGUACAUUGUGCCCGAUCUCCCCAAGACGCGCAGCGGUAAGAUCAUGAGGCGCAUUCUCAGGAAGAUUCUGGCUGGCGAGGAGGAUCAGCUUGGCGACAUCACCACGCUCUCGGACCCAUCGGUCGUCCAAAAGAUUAUUGCCGUUGUACACGAAACGAGGAAGAAAUAAAUGAUGGAAGUUCUCUGUUCGGUUGGGUGGAAUUGAAGGAUGUACUAUUCAGGGUUAUACCACCGUCUCUGUUGUCUAUCAUGAGAUCUUAGUGGACAAGGUUAUGCCGCUUGAGCCAGUCUUCUAUCUUGAGUAGCGCUAGAUGAUUCUCAAGAGUGCGCUUAUGCAUGGAUCAAAUUGAUGAUGGAUGAAUGAUA